AUGGACAAAAUUUGCUGCAACAACAACUGUUACUAUGAAAAGCUGACGAUGGUAUUUAAUUCAUGUGGGCAAGAAUCCGGUAUCCGUGAUACUGGUUCACAGCUACUCGUUGGCUCUCCGGUUAUGAUCAGAAACUGGAUCAUUACCGCAAUAUAUGCAAGAAAUGAGCAAAUAAUAGCAACAAAAAAGAAGAAAUGGAAUAAAUUCGAUAAUCAACCAUCCAUGGAUGAUUUAUCAGUUAACGAUAAGAAACAACAAGACUUUCAUGGAUCUACUUUUCAUUGUUUUUGAUUGGUUCAACUUAACCGAUGAAGAUAUAUAUCUGUAAUCAAAUGGAUAUGUUUAUGGUUGCU